AUGGAAAAGAAACAGAAUGAAAGUUUCAGGCAGUACGCCCAAAGAUGGAGAGAGGUGACGACGCAAGUCCAACCACAUCUUCUGGAGAAAGAAACUACUAUGCUCUUUAUCAACACUCUGAAAGCUCCAUUUAUCAACCACAUGCUGGGAAGUGCUACUAAGAGCUUCUCGAACAUAGUAAUGUCAGGAGAGAUAAUAGAGAACGCGAUAAGAUGUGGGAAGAUUAAAGCAGGAGAAAAUACCAAGAAAUCAAUUCCGAGGAGGAAAGAAAACGAGGUGAACAACACGAGUGUAUACAAUAAGAAUUAUAAUAAGCCUAUCACCGUGAGCCAACCGAGGACGGAGACUACCAACCAUCAGGGCUCUGCAAGACAAGAUUCCAACUCAAGGCCUAACACGGAAAUAGUCCAGUUUAGGCCUAUCCCGAUGUCCUACAAGGAAUUGUAUCAGAGCUUAUUUGAUGCCCAUGUGGUGUCACCUUUCUACUUGAAGCCUUUACAACCCCCGUUCCCAAAAUGGUACGACACAAACGCCCAAUGUGAGUACCAUGAAGGGAUAACUGGGCACUCGAUUGAGAAUUGUACCGCGUUCAAAAAGUUAGUGGAAAAACUCAUCGAAAUGGGUGUCAUAAAGUUUGAUGACUCACUAGGUCCCAAUGUGGCAGGAAAUCUAUUACCCGACCAUACUAAUAAAGAGGUAAAUGCGAUAGUCGAGAGUGGGAGCAAAAGAAUCAAGAUAGAUGUAUCAGAGGUAAAAACCCCUCUUAAACAGGUUUGGGAGAAGAUGGUGGAAGGAGGUUUAGUCACACGGCAUCCAAAGGAAAGGCCCAGAGAAGCGAGAAUAUAUUACGAGUUUUAUGCUGAUGAAGGCCAUGACAUCCAAGAGUGUAACAAGUUCAGGUCCAUAGUGCAAAAUUUGAUGGACAAUAAGGAGAUGGAAUUUUAUGAAGAAACCAUAGGAUCAGAAGAAGAAAAGGUGUACGCUACAGAUGAGGGAACAACAGAAGGGGUCCAACGAGUUAAUCAUCCUGUAGUGAUCAUUUCGCGACCCAGGACCAAUGAAGCAGGAGUACAACUGGUGCCGAGAGUCAUAAUCCAAAAACCGAUAUCUUUUCCAUAUAAGGAUAGCAAAAAGGUUCCUUGGAAUUACAACUGCAAUGUGACAAUCCCCGGGGGGGAAAGCCCGGUAAGUGCUUCACAGGAGAACCAAGAUAUAGGUUUCUAUACACGUACUGGGAGACGUUAUAAUCCUGCGAGUACAAAAAAUGAAAUCGUUAAAGAAAAGGCCCCCAUGAUUGAGCAACGGAAGGAGAAGAAGGCCAGGUUCGAAUCGCCAGUCAAUGAGUCGGUAACCGAGAAUGAAGCGAGGGAAUUCUUAAAAUUUUUAAAGCAUAGUGAGUACAAUGUCGUUGAAUAG